GAUCUUCCGACAGAGCUGGAAAUGCACUGCACUUUGACUAUGGAAACAGAGACUAUUGAUGGCUAUAUAACAUCAGGUGACAAUGAGCUUUCACCUGAAAGGGAACACUCCAAUAUGGCAAUUGACCUCACCUCAAGCACACCCAAUGGACAGCAUACCUCACCAAGUCACAUGACAAGCACAAAUUCAGUAAAGCUAGAAAUGCAAAGUGAUGAAGAGUCUGACAGGAAACCCCUGAGUCGGGAAGGAGACAUCAGGGGCCAUGAUGAAGGUAGCAGCCUAGAAGAACCCAUUAUUGAGAGCAAUGAUGUGGCUGACAACAGAAAAGUCCAGGAGCUUCAAGGCGAGGGAGGAAUCCGGCUUCCGAAUGGUAAACUGAAAUGUGACGUCUGUGGCAUGGUUUGCAUUGGGCCCAAUGUGCUUAUGGUACAUAAAAGGAGUCACACUGGUGAGCGCCCCUUCCACUGUAACCAGUGUGGAGCUUCUUUCACUCAGAAGGGCAACCUACUGAGACAUAUUAAGUUGCACUCUGGGGAGAAGCCGUUCAAAUGUCCCUUCUGCAGCUAUGCUUGUCGGAGAAGGGACGCCCUCACAGGACACCUCAGGACACACUCUGUGGGUAAACCUCACAAGUGCAACUACUGUGGACGAAGCUACAAGCAGCGCAGUUCACUGGAAGAACAUAAGGAACGUUGCCACAAUUAUCUUCAGAAUGUCAGUAUGGAGGCUUCUGGGCAGGUCAUGAGUCACCAUGUACCUCCUAUGGAAGAUUGUAAGGAACAAGAGCCUGUGAUGGACAACAAUAUUUCUCUGGUGCCUUUUGAGAGACCUGCUGUCAUAGAGAAGCUAACAGGAAAUAUGGGAAAACGUAAAAGCUCCACCCCACAGAAGUUUGUGGGAGAGAAGCUCAUGAGAUUUGGCUACCCAGAUAUUCAUUUUGAUAUGAACUUAACGUAUGAAAAGGAGGCUGAGCUGAUGCAGUCUCACAUGAUGGACCAAGCCAUCAACAAUGCAAUCACCUACCUUGGAGCUGAAGCACUUCACCCUCUGAUGCAGCACACACCAAACACAAUUGCAGAGGUUGCCCCAGUCAUCAGCUCAGCUUAUACUCAGGUCUAUCAUCCUAAUAGGAUAGAAAGGCCCGUUAGCAGGGAAACCUCUGAUAGUCACGAGAACAACAUGGAUGGCCCCAUUUCUCUAAUCAGACCAAAGAGUCGACCCCAGGAAAGAGAGGCCUCUCCCAGCCAUAGUGGCCUGGAUUCUACUGACUCAGAAAGCAGUCACGAUGAUCGCCAGUCCUUCCAAGGAAACCCUGCCUUAAAUCCCAAGAGGAAGCAAAGCCCAACUUACAUGAAGGAGGACGUCAAGGCUUUGGAUGCCACGAAAGCUUCUAAGGGCUCUCUGAAGGACAUCUACAAGGUCUUCAAUGGAGAGGGAGAACAAAUUCGAGCCUUCAAGUGUGAGCACUGCAGAGUCCUAUUUCUAGACCAUGUCAUGUACACAAUUCACAUGGGUUGUCAUGGCUAUCGGGACCCAUUAGAAUGCAACAUCUGUGGCUACCGAAGCCAGGACCGUUAUGAGUUCUCAUCACACAUUGUCCGAGGGGAGCACACAUUCCACUAGGCCUUUGUCUUUCCAAAGGGGACCCUUAUGAAGUAAAGAACUGCACAUGAAGAAAUACUGCACUUACAAUCCCACUUCCUCAGACAUUAACUUAAACCUUUUUAAAAAAAAGAAAAAGAAAAAUUAUUACAGUCAAUAAUUCUUAUUUUAUGGACCCAGUCUCAUUUGCUCUGCCUAACUAUCAGGAAGGAAAAGAGGGAGGGAAGGGACAGGGCUAAUUGCUUUUAUUUUUUUGGUCACUCGGCUUAUUUUGUGGGAAUUGAAGGGGCAGUUCACUUUUGCAAUGGUUGGCUGUAAGUUAUAUCAUGCUUUGAAAAAUCACUCAGCUCACGUUAGGUUUAACUAAAAGAGGCUGAUUUGCCAUUCAUUUUCAGGAUGGUGAUCUUGGACAGGAAGGUGGAGAGUUUUCAUAGUAGACUUUCUCAAAACAAUAGUAAAAAAGAGUAUAAGGAAUUUUUACUCUCUAAAAAAGAAACAUUUUCAGAAUAUAAAUUGUUUUUCUGUAAAGAUCUUGGAUCAUAAAUCAAACACACUGUUCUUUUCAAUGAUACUUCCUAGGAUGAGCGAUGGUCGUGGGUUCUGUGUUUACGUCCCUUUCUGGAAUUUCUAAUACAAUCCAUAGAACAUUGUACCACUUAGCAGUUUCAUAUUAUAAGUGGUUAGGACCACCUAUGGUACUUUUGAAGUCCUGCUAUCUUAUUUUUCUAAACUAAAGAAGCACCUUUUUAGACUUGCUGUUUUUCCAUAGUUUUGGGGACUGGCAUUUUGUAGACACCCUGACAGCCUUACUUUUAACAUGUUUUAUGAUUAACAUUUUUACCUGGUUUUCAGAAUAAUACAAGCUUAGGAGUGGCUAUGAGGCAGUAGUUUUCUGGAGGGGUUUUGCUGCUUUUUGAAAACAAAAAGUUUUUUUGUUUUAUUUUGUUUUUUAAGUUAUAAACUAUGUACUGGUAGUGGAAUAUGCUUGGUUUUUUUAAAGGUAUGCAUCCAAUUGUCGUUUUAUCAACAACAGUGUUAAACCAGUCAGCAGCAUACCCUAUUAAGGCUGACAGUCGGGAGAACACUAGAAACCUCUUUUCUGAUAGUGUAUUAGUUUGUUGAAUCUACAACUACCCAGUAUUCUGCUCCAUAGUCAAGUCUUUUAAGUCUUGCCUACUGUCUUUUUCUCUUUUAUAAAACUCCAAAGGGCAAUGGUCAGUUUGACCUCAGUGUGGUUGUUAAAAGAAAAAAAAAGCAAUCAAAAACAAAAAAAGCAUACUUAGUGCUGAUACCAACUUUGGCUAUUUAUUAUGGAAGUUCUUUUUCCAAUGUUGAUAUGUACCACAUUUUAAGUUGAGGAAAAUGGAAGGUGCUUUGCAAUAUUUUGGUUGGGCUGCAGAUGCAAACCACAAUAAUACAGUCCACUUUCACCCUUUCUUUAACCCAGGAUAGGGACAGAACUACUAGUUAGACGAUCUUUAGGUCAAAAUCACUUGCUUCCUAUUUACUACCUUUCAAUAACUAUUUCCUCUGUUUCUUAGACCCUAUGAGAUAUGAACUAUAGGCCUUUGACACCCUUCUUUCCUCCUUUCUAUCCGUGCUUACUAUAGAUCCGCGUGUUGCUUAGAUAGAUGUUCUUUGUAUUUAUGAGGGUGCUAAUUUUACUCAACACAGUCCAACAGCAUUAGAAGGGAACAGCUGAGUGGUAUCGUAAUUAAAGUUUCGUUUGUUUGUUUCUUUGUUUCUACAGGGACAUACUUGGCAGAUAGAACGUGUAACCUGUGUUUAGGAAGGAUGGGCUGGAUGGUGGUCAGAUUAUAGCUGAUGACCAUUUUUGACAUAGAAAACCAUUAAGUAGCAGUUGAUGAGUACCAUAGAAGUGCAUCAAAUAUAAUGCAGCAUGAUGCAUUUCUUUAUAUAAUACAAUGUGAGAAUGAUCAAGAAUAGAUAAACAGGAACAUGAAUAGAGCUCAGACAUAAAAAUCUGGUCUGUAUUACUGAACUGAAUUUUCUAUUUUAUCUUCUACUUCUUAUCUAGGUACCUCCUAAGUCCUCAUACAAAUGGAGUUACAUAGGACUAGGGAAAAUUGGUUAUAACUCACCACUCCCUUCUCGUCUUUUUCACCCCAGACCUUGACAUAACUAAUAUUUUGGUAAUGACCACUUAUUUUUUAAUAAAAAAAUAUCCAUCAAAAUAUGAAUGAGAAACACAGUAGAAUAUCAGCUGUUUUCAUUUCUUCUUUACAUCAUGGUACUCAUAAAAUAUGAACAUCAAUUUUAUUUUGCUAUGAGAUCUAGGAUAAUAGGCCUCGAAAGAAAAAAAAAUCUAUUUAGCAAUUAUUACUUGUUCUUUUCCCAGUUAUUCUUUUUUUUUCUGGGCAAUGGGGGUUAAGUGACUUGCCCAGGGUCACACAGCUAGUAAGUCAAGUGUCUGAGGCCGGAUUUGAACUCAGGUACUCCUGAAUCCAAGGCCGGUGCUUUAUCCACUGCACCACCUAGCCACCCCUCCCAGUUAUUCUUGAUCUUGUUUUUCUUUUUUCCAUUUCACAUUUCUGGAGAAGACAAGUGACCAA